GCUUGCGGAACUGCACUUUGCCAAAGCCGCCAAGAGAUACCAUCAUGUCUCCUUGACUUCACUGAUUAAUAUGUUAGACCCUGCUCACUUCGGCACUCUGGUUCCCUAUUAGAACUUAUAGCUUGGUUACCACUCUUUUAUCUUUAUUUUUCGAAGGAUAAAUACCCUUGAUACUCUUAAGCACUUCAUACCUGGUUGGUAGAAGAGACGAGGGAUUAGCUCGCAGGACCAAAAGAUGGACGAUACCUCGGAGUCGACCGACACGGCCAUGCAAGAACAUCACAUUGUUAAGGCAGAUGAGGUCGACCAAACAGGAACCGAUAUCUCGCCUGUUCCAGACGAUCAGCUGAUGGAAGAGGUUGCUGAAAGUCUACGGCAGGAGCGAGCCUCGAAGGGCACGUCUUCUAUCCCUAGUGAACUGCCCCCAGAGACUGGAAAACGACGACCAGAUUUACGCCGGGAUGCCGCAGCCCCACCACCGCCUCUACAGCCUCCGCCUCCGGCUCCGGUGCAGCAGAAUCUGGAGAGGCCCCCAGACUCCUUAAGUCUUGCACAGCUCAGGCAACUUGUACAGGAGAUGCCUAGGGUUGAGCAGCCUGCUUAUGCAUUUGAAUAUGCUGAUUCCCAGCCAUUUGUGGAAGAAAUUGAAGAAUGGUUUCAAUAUAGCGAGUUUGAUAGAGCCAUGCUAAUGGGCAUGAAAUCAUCGUUCGCCAAAAAGUGGGCUUCUUUCACCGAGGGCCAGAAUGCUGACGCCUCGCAGACAUCAUGGAUACAUACCACUGAUGAUCGGCGAAAGGCAUUCAUGAGCCAUAUUAUCAAUGGUCUACGAGAGCGUGAACCCUUAGUACGCCUCGAAGCUCUGGAAGUGAUUUGUUACAUCGUGACAGGAGUAUGGGGUAUCACUGCUGGACGAGCUGUAGAUGACUAUCCUGAAGAUCCGUCUCCCAAGGAAGCUGCAGAAGCCCCGAAAUCUAAGUCAUUACAAAUCAAAUGGAUGGAGAACAAUGCCACUCUGGUUCUUGAAAGCUCUGGCCUGGGGCCAUUGCUCGAGUGCCUAUGCCGUGUUUUUGAUAGAAACCGCACAUCUUCUAGUACCGAGCCUACUAGCGUUUUUACUGAAAACACGAGCCCGGUAUCCCUCGCUGUCAUGGAGCGCGAGGCAAAUCUAGUACUUACGGCUUUCUACGUGAUCGUGGAAGUCAGUAGGAAACAGGAGGCCCGCGAUCCACAGCACACGCCGUUAAGGGAUGCUCUAGUAGAAUUGAAGCCAAAUUUGCUAGUAUUCUUGGUUGAGAUUAUCGCACGCUUGCGGUGGGAUGAUUCUGCCAACAUUCCGCUUACGAGAAUAAUCCUUUUGUUUUGGAAGUCUUUACUCCUCUUCUUUGGCGGCAGUGAGGAUUUAAAGAGGGCCAAGGAAGAAUUGGAACCAUCAUUCAAGGAGAGAGAGGACGAUACUUCUCGGAGGACGCCUUUCUUGACUGCAUCCCCCCUCGAUUAUCACAUCUUUCGCCAAGAGAUUACUUCUAAAUACCCGGCUUAUAAUCCACCACCACCUGUAGUUCCUCUGGAACUAGAGAACAAUUCGAUUCUCCCACCUCUUCCCCAACAUCCCAGCAGAGCAACUUCGUCUAAUGGCCUCUUUUCUGGGGUCGGACCUUCUGUCGCGGGUGGGAACGGCUCGAUCCUCCACCAGUCGGUCCAUAUUGCAACACCAGCACCUUCUCCUCCUCCGUCACCAAUCGGACCAGGGGGUAAGGCAGGCAAGAAGCAAAACUAUCAGACGAACCAGAACUUCCCCUUUAUGUAUCCACCUCUAGAUGUUUCCAGCAACGAUCUCGGUGGGAAGGGAACAACUGAGCUUCAAGACGUUCUUGUAGGAAAGAGGUGGGAAGGAAGUGACGUACCAGCUUCAAUCAUUGAGGCCGGAAAGCUCUUCUCAACACAUGUUAAGAUGACGAGAGCGAUGAAACAACUUUGGGAAGAGCGAGAACGGUUCAUGAAGUAUGAUCGUGGCUGGUACCUGGAUGAUAACGGGACCGCAUGCGACGAAGAUAUUCCCAAUGAACUAGUAGAAGACUUCCAGGACUUAGGUUUGAAGCAGGGGAAGAAGGGUCCCUCUGAGCGGUCUACCGGGAAGGAAACCGAUGACAAAGAUAUCCAACGACGAUUAGAUGCCGUUGAAUCAUUCUACACACAAACUCUUGUGCAUUUGCAGUCUAUUACCAUUGUAUUCUUGAAGAUAAUCCUGACGAAUGUCAGUGCUAUGGUGAACCAGGCACAAGGCGGCCAAGGAAUGAGUGAUGGCUAUUGCGUGAAUGGAUCCGGGCCUGGGCAUGGGACGGUGUCUGAGGAUUUGAACUCUGAUGCUGCUAUCGAGGAGCUUGACAACAUUCGACUUCGAGAAAUUACUGGAAAAGCUAUUUCAGGGUCUCUGUUACUUCUAGUAAAGUGGUUCAAGAGAUCUCACAUAUUGAAGUUCGAGUACAUGACGCAGCUGUUACUCGAUUCGAACUAUUUGCCAUUGAUAUUGAAGAUGUUCGCCCACCAAGAUGUUGAUCAAGCAGUGGCACAGAAGUUUGACCGCAAAGAGCUAGGCUUCUUUUGUUUCUGUCGUCUUCAGUCGGAUCAGCCGCUAGGACCGUCCCUUUCAGAUGAUGAUUCAAGCGGGGAUGAGGCUGUGCCUCCUCCAAUUUCUCGGCAUCGGCCGGAAAUGGCUGUAGGAAACAUUUCGGUGCGAAGGCUGUCACCCGAGGACGCCUUUUCCGAAUUCCUAGACGAACCAGAGCCCCCUCGUCCUGAGGUGGACGAGCUGGGGUAUCCUACAGCACCCCCGCCCAAGGAGCCAAUAAAGGUGUUUUCAUUCCGCAAUUUCUUCUCGGCGAUCAAUUACUUGCACAUCAUGCAGAAGAUUACCCGUGACAAAGCCCACAGGUGUCUAUUACUGGUGCAAUACAAAUCCAGCACUAUCCUUCGAAAAGGUCUCAAAAUCCCGGAUCCUCAUCUACGCUUCUACACCCUCAAGCUUUUCAAAUCACAGGUCCCUUACUGUGGCCGUAAAUGGCGCCAAAGCAACAUGCGUGUGAUCACCGCCAUUUACCUCUACUGCCGCCCUGAGCUGCGGGAUGACUGGCUGGCCGGAUCAGACAUAGAUGCAGAGGUAGAAGAAGCCUUGCCGCUCGAGCAAGCGCUCCGCGGCCUGACACACUGGUGGCACCUGCGGCGUUAUAAAGAUGUAAUGGGCGGCGAGGAAGGUGCGUCCCUUAUGGAAGAGGAGCGUGACUUCUUUGUGCGAGAGCUUGAAGCAAUGGGCUGGGGAUUUGCAGGUGAGGAAAUACUCAAUGGCUCCGGCGAGGAACCCGAAAUGGCCGCUGCUGGUGGCCAAUUAGCAGAAGGGACUGAAUGGGACGGGGGCCCAUUACAGAUGGAGGGGUGGUGAGGCCAUUUCGCAUUGAGAGACUCUGUUUCGUCGCCGUAGAGUAUAAUGACAUUCAUGAAUGAGAAACAUAUACCCCAAUAGAGGUGAUGGUGCUGGCUUUCAUUUAUUUCGCCUCAA